CAUAAAUUUACAACAUAACAUAAAUUUACAACAUAAAUUAACAGAAAACACUAAACUAGCUAACUAAGAGGCCAGACUGACCUAACAUAAAUUACAACAUAAAUUAACAAAAGCUGACUAUCUAACUAUCUAAGGAAAACUUGGUAGGUAGGUAGUGCAGGAACAGUAAACAUUCCUUAAUGUAGCAGCAAAAAUUAGGAAGUAGAGAAGUUAGUGCAAAAAAGUCCAGUUAUCAUAUUGUGCAAAAGAGCAUUUACAGGUUGGUGUGUACGAUAGUUAGUCUCAAUGCUUUGAGACUAUGUGUGUGUGUGUGUGUGUGUGUGUGUGUGUGUGUGUGUGUGUGUGUGUGUGUGUGUGUGUGUGUGUGUGUGUGUGUGUAGGUGUGUGUGUGUGUGUGUAAAGAUAACAGAGUUAUUCUCAGAACUCAGAGCUGAGGUUCCCCUUUUCCAAGUCUGUAUCUUCCAAACCAGAAAGAGGAAGCUGCAAGUUGUUUAUCACAGAAGAGUUCAUGUCAAAAGGUGAAAAGUCACAUAGACAUGUGCUUAAUGAUAAAAUAAAAAGAUACAUUUCAUAUAGCUGAUCACAUUAUACAAUAUUCUCUUUUGACAGUCCCUCCAGUUGAUCACGAAAUGAAAUGUACAAUUCAUCAGUGAGUAACUACUUGUCUUUCACAUUCUCAGUUACUACAUCAUCAGUUACACUUCAUCUUCAUCUAACAAAUAGGAAAAGAAGUCUUCCUGAUCUUCAUCGGUUUUGGUACAUCUGCGUAUGCUUGAGAUCUCCCAGAGCGACUGCAUCACACAUAUACAGACACAUGCCUUCCUCUCCCUCUACAGCCUGGCACAAAUCUCAGUGCAGAAUAUCAACAGCCUGAGGUUUAUUGAAAAAGGCGCCUUCGCUGACCUGCCCAAGCUGGAAUAUUUGAGCAUCUCUAACACGGGCAUUGCACACUUCCCAGACUUCACAACUAUCUCUUCCCUGUCGCCAAAUAUUAUCCUAGAAAUGGCAGACAACAUGGAGAUUGACAUCAUUCCUGCCAAUUCCUUCCAGGGUAUCACAGAGGAGUAUGUUGACAUGAACCUGGUUAGAAAUGGCUUCAAGGAAAUCAAAUCGCACGCAUUCAAUGGGACUAAGCUCAACACGCUAGUUUUGAGAGACAACUGGUAUCUCCGUAACAUUCAAGAAGAUGCCUUUGAAGGAGCCACAGGUCCAACUCUUCUGGAUGUUUCCUCCACGGCUCUGAGGUCUCUCCCCCCUAAUGGAUUGAGGCACGUUAAAUUUCUGAAAGCCAGCCAUGCCUAUGCUCUAAAGAGCCUCCCUCCGCUGGAAAGUCUGGCUGAACUGCUGGAAGCUGAGCUCACGUACCCGAGCCACUGCUGCGCCUUCCACACAUGGCGGCGGAAACAAAGGGAAAGUGCCUUAAAGAACUUGACAAAGUUUUGUGAUCUGAUGAAUACAGAAAUAGAUCCAACUGCUGAUGACACGAGUCUUAUCAAUGACAUCAACUUUCAGUAUCCAGAUCUGGAAUUUGACUGUCUUAGCAACCCUUUUGUCAAAUGCUCCCCAAAGCCAGAUGCUUUUAAUCCUUGCGAGGACCUACUGGGCUUUUCAUUCCUGCGCUGUCUCACCUGGAUCAUUAUGGUUUUCGCUGUCGCCGGUAACCUGGCUGUUUUGGUCAUCCUGCUAAUUGGCCACCAUAAGCUCACAGUCUCCAGAUUCCUCAUGUGUAAUCUGGCCUUCGCCGACCUGUGCAUGGGGCUUUAUCUCAUUCUAAUUGCCUUCAUGGACUACCAUUCCCAUCAUGAGUACUACAAUCAUGCCACAGACUGGCAGACCGGUCCUGGAUGUGGCAUAGCAGGGUUUCUGACUGUGUUUUCCAGCGAGCUAUCCGUAUACACGCUGACUGUGAUUAGCCUUGAACGCUGGCAUACCAUUACCAAUGCCAUGCAUGUCAACAAGAGGCUGCGCAUGCAUCAUGUCACAGCCAUGAUGGUAGGAGGUUGGGCUUUCUCUCUGCUGGUUGCCCUGCUCCCUCUUGUGGGGGUCAGUAGUUACAGCAAAGUGAGCAUCUGUCUGCCCAUGGAUAUCGACACACUCAGCGCUCAGGUUUAUGUGGUGGCUGUGCUCAUUCUCAAUGUUGUUGCUUUCCUGGUGGUUUGUUACUGUUACAUAUGCAUAUAUCUCAGUGUUCACAACCCAGAGCACUCCACCCGGCGUGGAGACACCAAGAUUGCCAAGCGCAUGGCUGUGCUCAUUUUCACUGACUUUCUCUGCAUGGCACCGAUCUCUUUCUUCGCUAUCUCUGCAGCCCUGCGUAUGCCCCUCAUAACCGUGUCUCACUCGAAAAUCCUGCUCAUUCUCUUCUAUCCUAUCAACUCCCUCUGCAAUCCUUUCUUGUACACCAUCUUCACACGAGCAUUCAGGAAAGACGUGUGUCUGCUGCUGAGUCGCUGUGGCUGCUGCAAUUCCCACGCUGACUUCUACAGGUCACAGACUCUGGGUUCACACCUGACCUGUACCCAGAAAAUGUCCAAAAGAGAACCUCACUCGCUCGGCUUUUAUGCCUAUCACAUCAAGAUGAAGGGCUGCUUUCUAAAUAAGGGAACCACAUGACCAACCACAUACACAACUGCGUAAUGCACUGAAAGGCAACACCUGCCACCUUACUAAAAAUGUAGCAUUUCUUCGUAAUGUAGAUCUCAUGAAAAGAUUGUCAGUUGUGUGCAUGGCAAGCAUCAGAUCAAAUUUGAUCGUGUUUAGUGUGCAAACUGAAAACUGCAUCAGACAAAUGUAACAGGUGCUGCAGCCUUUAUUUCUGCAAAUGUAUUAUAGUACAUUAAAGAAGACAGAUGGAGCAGGGAUGGCAAAAUAAGCUAAUUUAUUUGCAAAGCUACUCUGUAUUUAAUAAUAUUAAAAAUUAAAAUUAUUUAUUGUUUGCUUUCUAUAAGAAUGAGGUUUCAAGUUCUUAGAAAGUAAUUAAAUGAAGACUAAUUUUGCCAGAGAUGAGUUUUGGUGCCACCUUUUGGUUUGUUGUACUCAGGACAGAUUUGGAUUGGAAAGUUAAAAGUCUGCACACAUCCAGGAGCAACUCAGUUGAACCUAGAGCCAAGAUCAAAUAAAUGGUACUGAUAUUUAAUAUGUAAAAUAAUUUUACAAUCAUUUAAAGGCAAAGUAUGUGGAAAAUGUGUUUUUAAAUCUUUUUCAUUUUUUCUUGAUUUAGCAACAACUGUUACGCCUACUAGUCAAGAAUAUUAAAUGUCAGAUCACCCUUUCUGUUUAUGUUUUAAGAAAACUUGAAUAUGUUUCUUAAUCUGGCUUUUAUGACUGAAAAAAUCAAUACUACACAAAUGUGUUUUUGUUAUAAUCAUUGCAAACUUUCCUGUAUAUUUUUCCACUUUGUAUUUCUUUCUGAUAUUUUACAUGAUUUAAAAAAGAAAGAAAAUAAAAAUACUGGACUUGUCUUUUUUAACCACUACUGUGAAUGUUAAACACUUCAUGUUAGAUUGUAAGAGUAUGAGGGCUGUGUAAUAUAUGCCUUUGUAGCAAUCUUUACUUAGAGUCUGAAAAAAAAAAAAAACCCAAAAAACCCACACAGUCUUCCAAAAUU